UCUACAGAAGUAGAAUGAUGUAAGGAGAAUUCAAUAGAAUCCUGUCAAAUCGAGCUAACUGGUCAGCACUGGGAAAUAAAGAGGGAUCCAAGGUGAAUUCACAUCAUCCAGCUAAGAGGCAACGACGGAAAGUUUUAAAAAAAUAAUGGAGAACAUAUCGCGCUUCUUUGAAGCUUGUGAAAGGGGUAAAAUAAACGAGGCCAAAGAUCUGCUCGGACAGCUUGAACUGUCAAGCUUAAUCGAAGAGAAGACUCAAGAUGGAAGAACAUGUUUACAUGUGGCAGUAAUUUCAGGAAACCGAGAUUUGUUGCAAGCGUUGGCAGAAAAACUAAGAGACUCAGGUUUAAUCAACAAAAUAAAAAAGACGGAUGAACAAGGAGACACGGCUUUGCAUUUAGCUGUAAGGGAAGAUGCCGUGGAUCUGGUCAAAAUUUUGGUAGAAUUGGAUGACAAUUUGUUUGAUUGUGCAAAUAAAGAAGGCCAAACUCCACUAAAAUUGGCUGUCAGUUUGGGAUUCAAAGAAGGCGUAGAGAUUUUGGUAAGUCACACAACAAACGCCCUGCACUACAUUGUGGAGCUUAACCAAGUCAAGCUUGUUGAAUAUUUAAUUAGGAAAAAGGUAUUGUCAGAACUUAUCAAUCAGCCUUUUCAGCCUGCCCCAAAUCCUCCCGGUAAAGAAAAUUGUGCUACAAAUGCAUCCAAUAAUGAAGGUAAUUGUGCUACUAAUUCCCACCAUGUCCAGCCAAUUGAUGGAGGAGAGCACCAUCCCGAGGGGAAAACUCCCUCAAAUACCGAGGAUGACCAGCCAAUUGUUCGACCAGGGGACACACCUUUGCACAUUGCAGCAAGGAACAAAUAUGGGCACAUGGUUGAUUUGUUGCUGAAAGUGGAUGACGUGAAGAAGUUUGCCCGGAACAGUGAGGGCAAGACACCAUGUGAGAUUGCAAGAGAAGUCACAGAGUACCACGAAUCUUUCAGGAUUAUAAGAAAGCUGGGAGAUUUUAGAAGCAAGACUAAGCGAUUCAUGUACUGUGCACCACAGGUGAGCCAUAAAAAGUACAUGAAAGCCAGGUCAAUGGUAAACAAGGCCUACGAAGAGAGACGCAAUGCAGAACUAGUGGUGGCAGCGUUGUUGGCUACCAUGACAUGUGCCGCUGCCUUCACCGUCCCAGGUGGUUUCAAUUCGGAGAGUCCUGUAAAAGAGGAUCAAGGGAGCCAAGGGAGUUCUAUUCCUAGCCUUAAUCAUGUACACGAUGAUCAAGGGAGCCCUCUUCUUAUAUCCCAUGUUUCGUUUAAGCUCUUCAUUAUUUUUGACUGCAUAGCUUUCUUUCUAUCCCUCUUCGUUUGUAUAAUGUGGGAAAUGAGCUCAGAGCUUACCACAGGGGACAAGAUGAUGUUCAUGACUGUCAACAGUUUAGUGGUUUGCUUUAGCUUUGGAUUCACCGCUUUUGGGUUUAUGUCUGGAGUGCAUGCCAUGCUGGCCCGUAAGGUUGAGACCUUCUCUUGGGUUGUUUUGGGAAGUCUCAUUGCCAUUACAAUGUGUGGUGUCCUUGCAUUUAUCCGUCAGUCGGUACACUUUGAAGUCAAGCGGGCAAGAUUACACCGCCUAUGCGGUGUAUCUUGUUUUGUGGAUGAUAUUGUUGAAAAGGUAUGGUCUCUAGCAGAACGUUGUGGACUUCUUAAACUUGUCCGUUGUGGUGAUGAUGUUUCCCGUGAUAUAAUCAGUGGGCAGGUUGUGUGCUGUAUGCCGACUCCUCAACAGGCUGUUGGCUCUCACAACUCCCGCUCAUCGCCCUCGUGCUGCUUCAACCAUGUUUAGCUAUCUAUCGCUCUACGACGUCCUUCACGCUUCAAUUUCUUCCCUCAGCGUUAAACACCACAUGUUAUGUAACAGCUUAAUUCUGAGUGUUUAAUACUUUUAAGUCUAGAAGUGUAUUCUUAGUGUGGCCACACACAUUAAGCAAUAUAUUAAGCCUAGAAAAUGUAAGUCAACUCUAAAUAUUUAACACUUUUAAAUCUAAAAAUGUAAACUUAAUAUGUGUGAUCUAAACCAUUCUGUACAGUCUUCCUCUCUCUCCCUCCAUCCUUCCUACUAUGCGAUAGUUGACUGUAAUAUAAUAAAUAUAAUAGUAAAGAAUUAUGUUUGGAAGAU